AUGAUAAUUAAAGUUGGUCACCUCAAUGGUGAGGUUAGACUAUAUGAUUUAGCUGACUUUUGCACAGCUAAAGAGUUGAUGAUGAUGAUUCAAUCAGAAACCUAGUGUGAAAUCUCUUUGGUGAGUAAUGGGGAAAAUGUUGCAGCAUCUGCUUUAUUAGGCGGCGAAAGCAUCUAUUAUGUGAAUGUAGAUGCAGAAGGAGGUAAAAAGAAGAAGAAAAAGAAGAAGAAUUUUGCUAAACCCAAGAAGAAGAAGCAUAGACACCGAAAGGUUAAAUUGGCAACACUUAAGCUUUAUACUGUAGAUGGUAAAGGCUUAGUUUAGAGAUCACAUAAAUAAUGCCCAUAAUGUCCUCAAGGAGUUUAUAUGGCAAAACAUUUUGAUAGACACUAUUGUGGUACAUGUCAUUAAACAUUCAGAAUGGAUGAAGCAACAAUUAAAGCAAAUUUAGAAGCAAUAAAAAAAUAAUAGGCAGCCAAAGCAGCCGCGGCAGCAGCAGCAGCUCCAGCAGGAGGAGCAGCAGCUGGAGGAGCAGCAGGUGGUAAGAAAGGAAAGAAAAAGUGAUCAUCAGUAUAAUAAUAUUAAAUAUAUCAUCUAAUAA